UAUGGGCGGGAACCACUCCCACAAGCCCCCCGUGUUUGACGAGAAUGAGGAAGUCAACUUUGACCAUUUUCAGAUUCUGCGGGCCAUUGGCAAAGGGAGUUUUGGAAAGGUAUGCAUCGUGCAGAAGCGAGACACGAAGAAAAUGUAUGCCAUGAAGUACAUGAACAAGCAAAAAUGCAUCGAGAGGGACGAGGUUCGGAACGUCUUCCGGGAGCUCCAGAUCAUGCAGGGGCUGGAGCACCCUUUCCUGGUCAACCUGUGGUACUCCUUCCAGGAUGAGGAGGACAUGUUCAUGGUGGUUGACCUGCUCCUAGGCGGGGACCUGCGUUACCACCUACAGCAGAACGUCCACUUCACGGAGGGGGCAGUGAAGCUAUACAUCUGUGAGCUGGCGCUGGCCCUGGAGUACCUGCAAAGGUUCCACAUCAUCCACAGAGACAUCAAGCCAGACAACAUCUUGCUGGAUGAACACGGACAUGUUCACAUCACAGACUUCAACAUAGCGACGAUCGUGAAAGGAGCAGAAAAGGCUUCCUCCAUGGCCGGGACCAAGCCCUACAUGGCCCCAGAAGUGUUCCAGGUGUACGUGGACGGAGGCCCCGGUUACUCAUACCCCGUGGACUGGUGGUCCCUGGGUGUCACGGCCUACGAGCUGCUCCGGGGCUGGAGACCGUAUGAAAUCCACUCAGCCACACCCAUUGACGAGAUCCUCAACAUGUUCAAGGUGGAGCGCGUCCACUACUCCUCCACAUGGUGCAAGGGCAUGGUGGCCCUGCUGAAGAAGCUCCUGACCAAGGAUCCCGAGAGCCGCCUGUCCAGCCUCGGUGACGUUCAGAGCGCACCCUACUUGUCCGACAUGAACUGGGAUGCAGUGUUCGAGAAGGCACUGACGCCCGGCUUUGUGCCUAAUAAAGGGAGACUGAAUUGUGAUCCCACAUUUGAACUUGAAGAAAUGAUUCUCGAAUCCAAGCCACUUCACAAGAAGAAGAAGAGGUUGGCGAAGAACAGGUCCAAAGACGGCACAAAGGACGGCUGUCCUCUGAAUGGACACCUCCAGCAGUGCUUGGAGACCGUACGGAAGGAAUUCAUCAUAUUCAACAGAGAGAAGCUGAGGAGGCAGCAGGGACAGAGCAGCCAGCUCAUGGACACAGAAGGCCGGGCUGGGAGCCAGACCCAGGGCAAGCUCCAGGACGGACGCAACAACAAUAUUCUGGCCCACGCCUGCUCCCGUGGCUGCAGCAGCUAAGCCACCACCUGCGGCCACCUGACGGGACUGCACACAUCUCUGUCCUGCCCACUGGAAGCCCCUCUCUGUGCCACGAUGACCCCUGUCUCACCCCUGAUGACAUCAGAUGCAGAGAGACAGCCUUGAACUUGAGCUGAGAAGGCCAGGUUCCUGCCCCAGGUGCCUGACUGAUUCUCUGAGUGACUUUGGACAACCUUGCCCUUCCUGUGCCUGUUUUCUGCAUCUGCCAAAGGGGUUAAAACAGCUCUUUGUCCCACCUAAAACUACAAGGUUAUUGGGAAAAACCAAAUGGUUAGCAGACAUGGAAAACCUGUGACAUUUCUGAAAUUGUUUACACAGGCAAAAUACAACCUUGGUAUCUGAAGUGCACUCCUGUCCCACAAAGCAGUUAGACCAUCCCAACUUUACAGUUUGGACCAUCAUGGCUUGUCACCCAGUACUUUUGAAAAUGCAACUCAGUGUCAAAAUAAAUAUCUCUGUUCCUGCCCAUCCAAUGGGAACACCAUUCCCAAAUCCUGGAGCAAAACCUGACGUGUAUUCACUUGCCUCUCUGCCAGGCCAGUCUUUCUGACCCUGGAAGAGGGCAUGACCUGCACACCAGCCUGGUCCCCUGGGUCUCAAUGCUGCAGGUACACGUCUGCCCUUAUUCACAGAAGACUGCCUCCCACCUAUAAUUUCAGCAGCUCCCCACCCCACCCCACACCCUGCACCGGGAUGCCCUUCGGAAGGUGAAGUCACUGACCAUCAGUUGCUCCUAUCAAGUGCCAUCAGAGUUUCUCCCCAAACUGAGUCCUAUAGCCAAAUUUUGAGUCCCCUUCCCCCUUCUAGGUGUUUUUCCUGCAAAGGGUGUGAAGUGGUCUCCUCAGCAUUGUCUUAAAGAGGGUCCCCAAAUGCCAUUGAUGAGGUGGUCCUGUAUUGACAGAUAGAGAAGUAUGGGUGACUAGAAAGUUCACUCUAGAAGGACAGUGGACUCACACAAGGAACAGACUGCCGAAGGACCUGUUGGGGGAGCACUCGGCCUCUGAAUGGGGAGAAACUGUAGCGCCAGGGACAGAGCUCAGAUGCAGUCAGUCUCCUCCAGAAUCCAGCCCUGCUGUUUACUAACCAGAAGACCUUAGGCAAAACUGCACAAUCACUUAUGUGUCAUUUCCUUGUUUUCAAGCGGUGAUGAUAAAACCAGCCUUGCAGGGUUGUUGUAGGGCUCAAUGGCAUCAGGCGCAUGGCGCACCCAGCAUGCACCGCUCACUGAAUGGUAACCACAUUUUUUGGGCAUCACCGUCAUUGUCUGGAGAAACUUGCUAUGUCACUCAUUUGGCAGGUCACUUUCUAUAGAAAUAAGCUUGGUGUUUAGAACCCCUUCAACUUUUCUUCUGGAGUCUUUGAACUCUGUCUAUCCCUGUUCAAAGUUCAGGUGUGUUUUUAUUUUUUCUUAGCAACUUCCGGUUUUUACUUUUUACAUCAGGAAUCAAUGCUUGGGGCUGUCAAUGUCGUCUCCUGGGUAUAUUAAGAGAUGUUUUAAUGGACAGUGUGGUUUUAUAUUUUUAUUUUAAAAACAAGAAACGAUCAUUAUUUUCCUCCUUCAAACCAAGCCUAUUUCUCAAUUAUGUUACCCACGUAAGUCUACGUGUCUUGCACACUUGUCACUCUCUGUCCCCCAUUGGCACUGUCCUGUUCCCUCCAGGAAAUCACAGGGCUGCUCCUCUCUUCACUGUGACCCGGGCAGCAUGUCAGAUUUCUUGCCGGGCUGAAUUCAUGAAGUAGGGGGCAAGAGCUGGAAGCAGCCCGAGAGAUGCUGGACUUCCUGGCUGUGUUUAAGUCAGUUGUUGUUUCUUGUUAAAAUAAAACUAUUUCUUGGACAUUC